AUGUCUUCCUCUUCCUUACCCAUCGCUGUCGACCCUGUCGCCUUGGUGACAACAGAAUGCAUCACCGUCACAUCUGCCAUGCGGAAAAAUGCCCGCUGGGCUCACUCCUCAGUGUCUGCUAUUCUGGGCAGUAGUGUGGUUUCUCGUGUCUAUGACCGGGAUACCUCCGCGCCAUCUAGUCCCCGCAACGGGAAUACACCUCCCCGUCCGAGGUCCAGACUCUCGACUGGGGACGAGGAUCAUGCUCUUGCAAAUCGCUGGGGGCUGAGGGGGAAGAAAGGCAAGAGCAUUCAGGAUAACCCUCUUAUUUCAGCUUUCACUCGGUUGCGAAGUGAUCUCAAGGAUUGCAAAGACAUCAAAACUUUCGAUGCUCCCGCCCUCCUCCAUCCUUUCCUCCAAGUCGUUCGUUCCUCCUCCACCUCCGCCGCAAUCACUUCUCUCUCCUUGGUUGCCUUGACCAAGUUCUUUUCCUACAAAAUUAUUGACCGCGAUUCGCCCCGGAUUUCCAUGGCCAUGCAACUUCUUUCAGCUGCAAUCACCCACUGUCGCUUCGAGGCCAGUGAUUCCGCUGCCGAUGAGAUCGUCCUAUUGAGGAUCCUAAAACUGAUGGAGGGAAUGUUAUCGGGGCCCGAGGGCGAAUUGCUGGGAGAUGAGAGUGUCUGCGAGAUGAUGGAAACCGGGUUGAGCAUGUGUUGUCAGGGUAGACUCUCGGAGGUCCUCCGAAGGUCCGCUGAAAUAGCAAUGGUCAACAUGUGUCAGGUUAUAUUCAUGCGCCUAUCGGGAUUGGAUGUCCCCGAUUCAUCGGACCCGGGGACUCACAUAAUAAUACACCACGCAGAUGAGGCGGAGCAGCCUAAUAUUAAGAUGGACCCUUCCGUUGACGGAGACACGGUGACGUCCCAGCAUCCUUCUGUCAUGGGCUCAGAUACUGCCGUGGCGGACCGUGAACACACAACAAGCAGAGAUGGCUCCCCGGAUCAGGCGCCCAAUGGUAAUGCGGUCGCUGCCCCGCCCAAUCCCCAAGAUGAUGCCGGAGACGAAGUUAACCCAUAUUCUUUACCUUCUAUACGGGAAUUGUUUCGCGUGCUGAUCGACCUCCUGGACCCGCACAACCGCCAACAUACUGAUCCGAUGAGGGUGAUGGCAUUGAGGAUUAUAGAUGUGGGGCUAGAAGUGGCAGGACCUUCUAUUGCUAGGCAUCCUAGCCUGGCAUCCCUGGCGCAAAAUGAUCUUUGCCGACAUCUCUUCCAACUAGUGCGGUCGGAGAAUUUGGCAAUCCUUACGGGCUCUCUUAGGGUGGCCGGGACUUUGCUUUUAACUUGCCGUCCGGUUCUAAAGCUCCAGCAAGAACUCUAUCUAUCGUACCUGGUUGCCUGCCUUCACCCAUGGGUCGAUAUACCCCGAGAACCUGGCAUUGACCCUGCUCUUUAUAAUGGAGUACCCCAGGCACCUAAAUUAGUCAGCGGGCGAUCCACCCCCGUGCCCGUGAAGGAUCGACAGACACUGGGCCUGGAAGGAGGCUCUAGAAAACCCGAAACGCGAGAGGCCAUGGUUGAAAGUAUUGGAGUCUUGGCCCGGAUCCCAAGUUUCAUGGUCGAACUUUUCGUCAACUAUGACUGCGAAGUUGACCGAGCCGAUCUGUGUGAGGACAUGGUCGGCCUGUUGUCCCGGAGCGCUUUCCCUGAUUCCGCAACCUGGAGCACUACCAAUGUGCCUCCGCUUUGCCUAGACGCCCUUCUUAGCUAUAUACAGUCCAUUUAUGAUAGGCUCGAUGAUGAGCCUGUUACUGAGGGGUUUCCAUCCAACGAGCGCCUGAAAACCCAACGAAAAACGAAGAAGCUUGUUGUGCAAGGCGCUCAAAAGUUUAAUGAAGACCCAAAGGGUGGAAUCGCCUAUCUUGCAUCCCAUGGGGUUAUUGAGAAUCCUGAUGAUCCCCUUCAGGUGGCUCGCUUCCUGAAAGGUACCACCAGGCUGUCAAAGAAGGUCCUCGGUGAAUUCAUCUCGAAACGAGCGAAUGAAGAUCUUCUCAACGCCUUUGUGGAUCUCUUCGACUUUUCCGGCAAGACAGUCGUUGAGGGAUUGCGCGACUUGCUCGGAGCUUUCCGCUUGCCUGGCGAAUCCCCUCUCAUUGAGCGGAUCAUUACGACCUUCACCAACCAGUUCAUCCAGAAAUCACACCCUCCUGAGGUUGCCGAUAAGGACUCGCUGUUUAUCUUAACCUAUGGCAUCAUUAUGCUCAAUACCGAGCUAUAUAACCCGAAUAUUAAGUCUCAAAACCGUAUGUCCUGUAACGAUUUCGCGCGAAACCUCCGAGGGGUGAAUGCGGGUCAAGAUUUUGCUCCCGAGUUUCUGCAAGGGAUCUAUGACUCAAUCAAGCAGAAUGAGAUUAUCUUGCCUGAUGAGCAUGAUAACAAGCAUGCAUUUGACUUUGCCUGGCGAGAACUGCUAGUAAAAUCAGCUUCGGCAGGGGAAUUAGUAGUGGGUCAGACUAACAUCUAUGACGCAGAGAUGUUCGAGGCUACUUGGAAACCUGUAGUCGCCACACUCGCGUAUGUUUUUAUGUCUGCUUCGGAUGACGCCGUGUACUCCCGGGUUAUCAUGGGAUUCGAUCAAUGCGCUCAGAUUGCGGCCCGCCAUGGGCUGACGGAGGCGUUCGAUCGCAUAAUCUUCUGCCUCGCUUCAAUUAGUACUCUAGCCACAGGUACUCCUCCCAGCACAGCGCUUAACACUGAAGUCCAGGCUGGAAAGAAGAGUGUGAUGGUUAGCGAGCUGGCUGUGAAAUUUGGCCGGGAUUUUAGAGCGCAGUUGGCUACCGUCGUUCUAUUCCGGUUGUUGACAAACAGCGAGCUUGCUGUGCAGCAGGGCUGGGACCAUGUUGUUCAAAUUCUCCGAAACCUCUUCGUCAAUUCUCUUAUUCCGCCAUUUGACUCUCGUCUGAAUGCCGACCUCGACAUUCCACCCAUUCCGUUGCAGACCCCAUCCCAAGUCGUGGACCGUGAUGGUCGAGGAAAUGAGACUGGAUUACUGUCUGCCUUCACAUCUUAUCUAUCCAGCUACGCAGCCGACGAUCCUCCGGAGCCAUCUGACGAAGAACUUGACAACACAUUGUGCACGGUAGAUUGCGUAACAGCGUGCUCGAUCAAUGACCUCUUGUGCAACAUUCGUUCCCUGCCCUUGCAGUCUGUGGCGGUGUUAGUCGAGUCACUACUGGCACAAUUGCCUGAAGAAAGUGCGCCUGCGGUCAUCGUGGUGAAGCCUGAACGACCACUUCCAUCCUCCAGGGCCUCAAAUGUCAAACUUGAUCCCAGUAGGAUCCAAUAUGAUCCUGGGAUGAUGUAUCUAUUGGAGUUGGCUACCAUUCUUACUCUUCGUGAUCAGCAAACCAUUGAAACCCUUGGUGAGCGACUCUUGUCUGCAUUGCAAGGUUUCAUUCGAGAUGCUCGGAACCUGCAUUCUCUGGCACUGUCAAGGGUCACUUCCUACUUGUUGAAUUUGCUGCGACUAAGCCAUGAUCAACCCUUCAUGCGGGUCCCCGUCAUCCUUCACGGUAUUUCCGGCUUCGAUCAAGAUAUACUCGAGAGUGUUGCAAUCCCUACAAUCAAAGGACUAUCACGGUGCAUCUCCGAUGGAGGCCUCCUCCGAAAUGAGAUCACUGUCUCACCCGACUUUUGGUCCAUUCUCCAACGACUGCAUCAGCAUAAGGAGGCGGCACCUUUGGUAUUUGGCCUUCUCCAAACUGUUGUUGAGUCGACGCCUCCAAUUGUAACGGCGGACAAUUAUGAAUCUGCUGUCAGCCUUGCAAAUGAUUUUGUUAGUGCCGGGAGUGUGGGUUACAUUGAAGAGAGACAAAGGGAUACGCGCACACGACGCCCUAAAGGGGUUAAACAACAGAAAGCCAGUGAAAAUGAAGUUGUUUCACGUGGCAUUACAGCCAUUGGUCUUAUAUACCAUCUGACAGGACGAGCUCCCGCGUUGAUCAACCAGUCGCAUCUCGAGGAAAACGAAGCCUGGUCAGCGUACUGGUCGCCCAUCUUCCAUUCCUUGACCUCCCAGUGUAUCAACCCCUGUCGAGACAUCAGGCAUCAUGCAGUGUCGACUUUACAGGGGUCACUUUUGUCUGUCGAGAUCAGCUCCGACAAGGAGUGGGCAGCCAUUUUCGACCAGGUUCUUUUCCCACUUAUCCUGCGCCUUCUGAAGCCUGAGGUCUAUCAUGCAGAUCCACGUGGGAUGAGUGAGACCCGAGUUCAAGUCGCAACUUUGGUUUGUAAGAUUUUCCUGCGUUAUCUAGACCAGGUUCCCGACGCUGAAGGAAUGCUGGAUCUGUGGCUCAAGAUCCUAGAUGUUCUCGAUCGCAUGAUGAACAGCGGUCAAGGUGAUAGUCUUGAGGAAGCGAUCCCAGAAAGUAUCAAGAACAUCAUCCUGGUUAUGGCCGACGUAGGCUAUCUUGUUCCACCAUCCCAAGACGCGAGUAAGGAAAAGAUCUGGGCCGAGACAAAGAAACGCCUAGACAGGUUUUUGCCGGAACUUUUCAAGGAGAUAUUCCCUGAAGAACCACCAAAGGAGACAACCCCAGCGCCAUCCCCUGUUUCGUCUCCUGCUGCAGCGCCCCAAGAGAACUCCAUUAAUGAAAAGAAAGAGGACGAGGCGGAGGAGGCCAAGGAGGAGCCUCCUAGCCCUUCCGAACCCGCUGGAGAUGACACCAAUAAUGAAUCAAGCAAUCCUUGA